AUGCAGGAUUACAGUGUGACUCUGGCGUACUACUUGUCGCACUACCUGGUCGACAUCGCCAACAAGAAGGCCGGGCGCAUCCUCAAGCUCGACGCCAUGGACGAAGGCCGCAAGUGGCUCGGCGCCGACGUGCUCGUCUUCGGCUCGUGGCGUUGGUGGGGGCGCAGGAGCUGGGACUACAUCCAGGAUGGCAACACGUUAGUGGAGGACAUGGACCGGACGCAGGCCUUCACCAAGGGGCUGCAAACCUGGUCGAGAUGGAUCGACGCCCACCUCGUGCAGACCAGCACCAAAGUCUUCUUCCAGGGGUUCUCUCCCUCUCACCUUAAGGGCGAAGAAUGGGGGGCGCCCUGGGGUAAGACGUGCAUGGGGGAGACGCGGCCGCUGAACAACACGGCGGCGUACCACAGCCAACCGAAUCCGCAAGACGCGAUCGUGAGGAGAGUCCUGGCGGGCAUGGCGAAGCCGGUGUACCUGCUGGACAUCACCUUCAUGUCGCAGCUGAGGAAGGACGGGCACACCACCAAGUACAACGGCGACAGCCUCGGCACCGACUGCACCCACUGGUGCGUCGCCGGCGUCCCGGACACCUGGAACAUCCUUUUCUACGCCGCCCUCACCAGCCAGUCAUUACACAUGUAG